AUGAGUAUAAUUAAGUGUAUUUUAGCAUUAUUCAUAUUAUCAGUGUCAGUAUUUCUUUUAAUUUUUGCAAAUCUAUAUGAUGUUAAUGCUGAAAAUGGCGAUAAAAUUAAAAACAAAGUUAUAGAAGAUACAAAUUCUGGAAACAGUAAAUUAGAUGAGAACCAACAAGAUCUCUUUUGGUUUGUCCAAAUUAGUGACUUGCAUAUAUCCAAGUUUAAAGAUCCGACAAGAAUUGAUGAUUUCCGAAAAUUUUGUUCAGAGGCGCUUGAUGUAAUUAAGCCGAAAGUUGUGAUUGCUAGUGGUGAUCUAACUGACGCAAAAGAUACAAUUUUGGGAAGUGACCAAUAUAUAGAGGAAUGGCAGGCAUAUUACAGUGCACUAGUUGACACUGGGGUGUUUGCAAAAACUAAAUGGCUUGAUCUACGAGGAAAUCAUGAUAAUUUCAAUGUUCCUGAAUUGCAUGGCAAAAAUGAUUUAUUCAGGAACUAUUCUUCGCAAGGACGGUACCAUAAAAAAUCAUAUAUCCAACAAAUCACUAAUAAUGGAGCUACGUAUAACUUUGUAGGGCUUGAUUGUAGUAUAGAGCCUGGGUCAAAAAGACCUUAUAAUUUCAUUGGAAUGAUUGAUGAUGCGGAAUUGCAGCAUGUUAAGAAUAUUGUAGAAAAAAAUAAAGCUGAUUACACAAUCUGGUUCGCUCAUUAUCCAACAUCAACAAUUAUGACUCCAGCAAAUCACCCAAACAUUAAGAAAUUCGUUGGUCAAUUUGAUAACUCAAUCUUAUUUAUAGCUGGGCAUUUACAUACAUUAGGGAGAUUAGUGAAUCGAAUGUACACAUUACAUGCUGAAGGAUUUUUGGAACUAGAACUAGGAGAUUUUAUAAGAACUCGUAGGUUUCGUAUUGCAGCUAUUGAUCAUGGAUUGCUGACAAUAAUUGAUAGACCACUUGAUACUUAUCCUAUUGCCUUAAUAACAAAUCCCAAAAACAUGCUAUUCAACAAUCCAUUUAAAGAAAAUAUUAAUUUAAUUAAGGAAUCAACUCACAUAAGGAUUCUGGCAUUUUCAAAAUCAGCAAUAACUUUAUGUCAAAUUGAUAUCGACGACGAAGGAUGGAAGAAAUGUGAGCAGAAGAAUGACAAUUUCUUCGUGGUUCCUUGGAAUCCAUCAAAAUACAUUAGUGGCAAGCAUAAGAUUAAAAUUCAUGUUGUAGAUGCUAACGGGGGAACUUUCGAGGACGAACAUUUUUUUGCGACUGAUGGAACUAAGAUUUCUUUCGAUUUACUGGCCCGAUUUAUAUUAAUGUCGGAUUUAACGACAGUAUUCCAAAUUGGAUAUAUCGUUGCAUUGAUUGUGUGCUCACUUCCGCUCCUUAUUUUCAAGAUAUGGCAAAUGCUUCUAAAAUACCGAUUAAUUCAAAAACCAAAAAUCCAAUCUGCUUAUUCGAGACGACUUGUUCAAAAAUAUGUGAUUCUAUGCAGUAUAAAUCGCAUAUACUUUGGAUUAGUGAUAAUGUUAAUUUGGACAACACUUGGACCUUGGUCAUUCCAUGAGAUUCUCGACGGCUAUAGAGGAUACAUCUUUUUAUGGGGAAUAUUUGUUAAAGGACAAUUUGUUCCUGGAACUUUAACUUAUUGGUAUGGAAUUCAUCAACUAGCUUGGUUCCAAUUUCCCUUAACGAUCAUACUAGCUGGAGUUGUUAAGAGAAGCUUUAACAGAUGUGUGACUGGACAAAAACCUGAAGAGAAUUUCUUAAAAGUUAUUAAAUCAAAUUUACCAUUCCUUGCAUUAAUCAUAGCAGAAAUCUUAUUGGCUAUAUUUUAUCUAAUCCAGAAUGGCUUGAUUGCAUUCUUAAUUGCUCCACUUCGAGUAUGGAGUCUUAUUUACAGUAUAUACUUAUUUUAUCAAGCACAUUACAAGAUUCCAGAAAGUUGCUUUAAAAGUUCUGUAAGAAUAUUUAUCGAGGAUGAACCUAAGCAAUCUUAA